UGCUAUCGUCCAACGUGAUUUGCGGUAAUUUCAGUAAACCCAUGCAGAAGUGUCAACGAUAGAUUGGUGAGUUGCUUGAAAAGUAAUCCAACUCAAAAAGGAAUGGAAUCCCAACUGCUAGACAUAAGCGAAAAAUGAGCAACAAUUGCACUCAAUGGAUUUAUUGCCACGAUGUGAGAAACAAAUGCAAAGUGUCGCCUAAAUAGCAGCGAAAUGCUAGUUUGCAACCGCCAUAACUUAGCUAGCUCGCUAGGUACGUUAGCUCACUUAGCUUGUUUUGGUUAGCUUGUUAGCAUGCUUAGGUUUGACAGCAAUCAAUAUUUGACAUGGACAUUUUAGCUAAUGUGCUGUUAUUUGGAUAGCAAUAUACAGUAGCUAUUCAAUAUUUGAGUACCAGGUUAUUAGCAUCGCUAGUUAACGUUAUCUAGCUAGGUAAAGUUAGAUUACCUACCGUGUGCAUUGCUAGCUACUAUUGUUGUCAACAGGAAAGACUUCCUACACUAAUAACUCAAAACUUAAGCGGUCAUCUCCUGAUCUAACGUUGAUAUUGGUUAGAGAGAAUGGAGAACCACCUUUGGCGGUCCUGUUUUUUUGUUAUACUGGUAAUUAGGUACUAUAGCUAACUACUCAAAUUGCAAACUUGAGUUAUAGUGUCUCUAAAGCAUAAAUACAAUGUGGCUCCAGCAAAGACUAAAGGGCCUACCAGGUCUGCUGUCAAGCAGCUGGGUUAGAAGAAUGCUCAUUGGACUGCUGUUUUUCCUAAUCUUCUACUGGUACCUUAGCUCAGACAGUGCUUUGAGGUUGUUCAGUGGCUUAGGCCAGUCGGGCGGGCCAGCAGGACAAUGCCUCCAGACUGAGAUCCACAGGUGGAAGUCACUGGUGGACCGGGGUGAGGGAAUCUACGCUACUCCCCAGGAGAAAGCGGUCACGCCUUUCGUCUCAGGUAACGGCCAUUUCCUGGUGGACAUUGACUCCAACAGACUGUGGGUGGCCUCGUCCUCCCAGCCCGGCUCGGCCCCAGUUUACCAGACUGAGUACUCACCCAUCGUGGGCAUCCACGUCCCGGGGAUGCGGGCCAAGGCGAGGGCCACCAUGCUCUGGUUCCGCAAAGGGGCUGUCCUGUCCGUCCGAUGCGUCCUCCCAGGGGGAGCCGGCAGCCUCGGAUCAGCCCGUGACUGCCUCACCAUCCGAGAAGAGUUCAUCGCCCACCGCAGCCGGCCCAAUGUCUUCCUUCAGAGGAUCCACAUCAACAACCCCUCUGAGCGGGCCGCCACCAUGGAGGUGUCCACCGAAAUUCCCUUGUUCGGGAGCAAGUUCUCAGCCAGUGUGGAGAAGGUGGAGGACAAGGAGGUCGUGCUGUCAUCGGGCCGCGUGGUUCUGCCUGAAAAGAACCAGAUAGUGCUGGUGGUGGUGGCCACCAAUAAGCUUGGCAGCCGCAUCCAGGUGGCAGCCAAGUCAGAGUUUGCAGAGAAUGUGUUGUCGGUGGUGUGGAUGUCGGAGCCCAUCGAGUCGGCCAAGCUGGAGGAGACCUUCACCAGGCUCCGAGACGGAGCCAAGAAAGAACUGGGAGAGCUGCUGAGGGCCAACGUAGAAGAUCUGGUCCAGGACCACCAACAGGCCUGGAUGGACCUCUUCAUCUCUGGGGUGGAGAUGCGUAAGAUCACCGACGCACACACGCCGUCCAGCGCCACAGUCAACACCACGCUCUACUACGUCCUCUCGGCCUCGCCUGCUCCCCUGCUGGACCGCCGUCUUGGCACUGAGGAGCGCGCCCGCCUGGAGUCCAGCCUCAACUACGCCGACCACUGCUUCAGCGGGCAUGCCACAAUGCACGCUGAGAACCUGUGGCCGGAGCGGGUCAGCAGCGUUGCCCAAGUCCUGCAGCUGGUCAACCUGUGGACCCUCACCCUGCAGAAGAGGGGCUGCAAGGUGCUGGUGGCGGCGGGCGCCCACGGCGUUAUGCAGGGUGCCGUGCUCAGCUUCGGAGGCCUCUCAUUCAACGAAAACCACCUUCAGUUCCAGGCAGACCCGGACGUGCUGCACAACAGCUACGCGCUGCGGGGAAUCCACUACAACCAGGACCUGAUCAACCUAGCUGUGCUGCUGGACUCUGAGGGCAAACCCUUUCUGCACGUGUCAGUCAAGCCCCAGGAGAAGCCCGUGGCACUGUACGCCUGCGAGGCGGGCUGCCUCAACGAGCCGGUGGAGCUGACGUCGUCGCUGGUGGAGGCCAAGGGCCACGUGUUCCCUGUGAUGGUGACGCAGCCCAUCACUCCGCUGCUCUACAUCUCCACGGACCUUCGCCACCUGCAGGACCUGCGGCACACGCUGCACCUCAAGGCCAUCCUGGCACACGAGGAGCACAUGGCCAAGCAGUACCCGGGCCUGCCCUUCCUCUUCUGGUUCAGCGUGGCUUCUCUCAUCACCCUCUUCCACCUCUUUCUCUUCAAGCUCAUCUACAAUGAGUACUGGGGCCCCGGCGCCAAGCCCCUCUUCAGGAGCAAGGUGACGAAGCCAAGUGAGGAAAUGGAAGCUUAGGAAGCAGCCAUGACAUCACAGAUGCAGAGUAGCAGCCAGCAAAUUACAUUGCCAUAAAGUGUGUUACUGUUCAUGUCAUCUGAUUGGGGUCAUUAUUUGAUAAUGAUAUUUGUGUUGAGAUGGUCAACGUGUUGAUUUGACUUUCGACAUGUUGGAGCUGAAUUCAGAGAAAAAAGCUCACAUUGCCUGAUGAGGUCUUUCAUUGGCAAGGCAAGUGAAAGUCUGUCAUUCUUUACAAUGCUUCCAUUCAUUUUGGCAGAGCGACCUGUCGGUUUGAAUACCACCAUCAUCAUACACUAACUAUGGGUGAAAGAUGCCAACCGAUUGGUUGUCACUCACUGGCAAAACUCCAAAUGGAGGCUCAGGUCUCAAAGGUUGAAGUAUGAGUGUGAUUGAAAGGAAUCGUCUUAUUUUCUUUCACAUUAUUGGUCCUGUUGGUAAAUGUUAAUAUCCAUCCUUGCUUUCUUUACUUGGAAGUCUAACAUGGUCUAAAAUGAUUGCAUUGGUAAAGGGUUCCACUAUCUAGUUUUCACCAAUGUUGUUGUUACAGGGAAUGGGGGGAUGGAUUUUCUAAUUAUUUAAACAGGUCAAUUUCCUAUACACCUGUAGUCUAUUUUCUGACAAGCUUAAUAUAGUCAAAAUUAAGUAUUUAAAAAAUCUGAGGAUCAGCUUGUGCCGAGCAAGUGUCAAUUCAGUCUAAAGACCCAUUGAUAUCAACCUGAUGCUAAAUUAGCAGGUCCGUCCGGCAGUGUGCAUUGGGUCUUAAUUUCGUAGUGGAAAAAGUGAGUCUUAUUGGUGAAUUGCUCUGAGUCUGCCACUCAAUGCACUUCUUCAAGACCUCUGCUUCUUAACACCAAACAUUGCUAAGGUGACCAAAAUAUAUUCACUUCCUGAUCUUUUCCUGUCCCUUUACAGGAGAUGUAGUAGUCAUAGAAGUAGAAUCCUAGGAUAGGGAUAUAUUUUAUAUGGUUCUAGUCACUGCUUUGUGCUGUUUCUACCAUAUAGAAUUCUGGAAUAUGUGAGUUUUCCCUUCCCUGUUUUUCAUGACAUCUCAUAACUGAAAUGAUUGGCACCCUUCAUAAAGAUGGUAUAAUGUGUUUGCAUUUUUUGUUGUUGAAAUUAUAUUUUAUACUAAUACAAUUUCUCUGAAUUUUUUUUUUUUUAAUAAGUAAUACAAAAUAUAUAAAAGAUGGGUCAAUUUUUGGCACCCGUUUUCAAUACUCCGUCACCCCUCGAGAGGAUAACAUCACUGAGCCUUUUUAGGUACUGGGUUAUUGUCUGCUUAUCACAUCCUCUUUUCAAUACCAAACCCACCAUUGGUGUGUGUGGCCAAAGAGCUCUAUUUGCAUGUCAUCUGAACAUAGCACUGGUUCCAAUCCAAGUCUGUGCCAAUGCCGUUUAACAAACUCCAGGCAUUUACAUUUAUUGGAUGACAUGAAAAUAGAGCUAUUUGGUCACGCACACAAGUGGUGGGUUUAGUGUCAAAAGAAGGCUGUGAAAAACCUCAUACCUACUGUAAAAUAUGGUGGUGGAUCUUUUUUAUGGGCCUAUUUUGCUUCAACUGGUUAGGGCCUACGGCAUCAUGAACUUUACCCAGUAUCAGGACAUUUUAGCCAAAAACCUGGUUUCCUCUGCCAGGGGGCUAAAACUUGGCCGCAAGUGGAUCUUCCAGCAAAACAAUAACCCCAAGCACACAUCAAAUUACACAAAGAAAUGUUUAAUUGAGCACAAAUGUUUUAAUGCAAUGGCCAUUGCAGUUUCUGGACCCCAUUUGAAAACCUGUGGUAUGAAUUGAAGAGGGCAGUCCAUAAGAGUAGACAAAGGAUAUCAAGCUCUAGACUCUAUUAUGCAAAUUGUUCUACCAUGAUUGAGUGAAUUUAUGCGCUUAAUGUUGUUUUUAAAUACUCCAAAAUUACUAGAUAAACUGAGUCUACCAAUCCGAUUUGUUGUGAAGUGUGAAUUGUUUUCUCGUUCUUAUGUAUUUUUCAUCUUUGUUCAUAUAGAAUUUAAGGGCUUUUUUGAAUCUGUUAUUUUGAUUGUAACGAACUACUGAGUGUGCCUUUUUUAAAUUAAUUUAUUCUGAUUACACCUACAGUUUGGUUGGAUUGUACUUGAAUAUAAUGUCAUUUGAGAGAAAAUAAAAAUGUGUAUGUUAUUGUAAAUUGAUUUGGAUAAAUUACAAAUGUAUACAUAUAGACUUUGAAUUAUAAAUUUGUAAAUUUGUUCAAUUAAAGUAUGCUGUCAGAGAAAUUGUUAAACUA